AUGAAGAAAUGCCUUGAAUACACCUUGCUCCUCAUCAUCUCUUCGCUUCACGGCUCGCUGCAGCAGAGAAUCAUUGGAGGACAGGAGGUUGAUCCCUACUCCAUAAAGUACCAGGCCUCUAUCCAGUACAACAACUACCAUUACUGCGGAGGAACACUCAUACACCCACAGUGGGUGGUUACUGCCGCCCACUGCUGGAGACCGAGCUAUUUAAUCAAAGUGGUUUUGAGUGAGCAUAACCUCUCCAGUAAAGAGGGUGUUGAGCAGGUGUUCAACGUGUCCAGAGUUCUGGUGAAUUACAUGUACAGUUACAGGACAUUUGAUAGUGACAUUAUGCUCUUGAAACUGGAAAAGCCUGCAGUGCUCAAUGCAAACGUUCAGCUGGCUUUGCUGCAAACCUCACUCGCUCCCUUACAAGGGGGCACGAUUUGCACGGUGAGCGGCUGGGGCGUCACUCAGGUCUACAGUUAUUCCCUGUCCCCUGUCCUGCGUGCUGUGGAUGUCCAGAUCAUCCCUCAGUGUCAAUACUACUACUACUACAGAAUCACAGACAACAUGGUGUGCGCCGGCUCUCCGCUGGGCGGCAAAGACUCCUGCCAGGGCGACUCUGGUGGGCCUCUUAUCUGUAAUGGUUAUUUUGAGGGGAUUGUGUCCUGGGGCAUCAGUUGUGCCAACAAGUAUUUCCCAGGAGUCUACACCAAAGUCCGCAACUACGUCUCUUGGAUCAACUUGAUAAUCGAAAAUGACAAAACCAGCUAG